CUCUCACUUCAACUUACUUCCGGAAUAGUGUAUCUGUCUGUGGCAUCAGGCGAAUAUCAGGCAGGGGAAGGAAGAGGAGUUUGCUGGAACAGACAUGCUCUGAAACCACAUAAAUAUCCGGGUGAUUGUCCUGCUCAUGAAGAAACAUAGGACACAGACGUCGAAGAAAGUUAAAAGAGACCGUUUCGUUCAGCGGUGUGACGUGACGGGCAGUGUCGAGUUCUGCUGUCUCUCCCUCUCUCUUACACACACACACACACACACACAGAGGGAGACAGCUCUGGAGCUCUUUAGGCCAGCUGGUGCUAGCGUUAGCCAGCACUACUAGCAGUAGCCACUAACUAACUAAGCUCGGUUCCUUUCUGGACUUGAGGCGACAUUUCGCACUACAGACCACCACUGGAUGGAUAUGACAGCGUGAUUCAACUGGACUCUAAGAAAAAAACAACAGAACACUACAAAAUCAACACACUUUACACUUGCUCUAAGCACCUGUCUCUGGAACAAACAUCUCGGCAACCGACAUGGGUACACCAGGAUCGGGACGAAAACGUGCACCUAUUAAGGACAGAUUCUCUGCUGAGGACGAGGCCUUAAGUAGCAUAGCACGAGAGGCAGAGGCCAGACUUGCAGCAAAGCGAGCUGCCAGGGCAGAAGCACGAGACAUCAGAAUGAGGGAACUGGAGCGGCAACAAAAAGAGUUUACUUACCACCGCUCAUCCUCUAGUAAAAAGUGGGGGCAAAUCCAACAGUGGAUGGCUGACACAGAAAAGGCUCGCUAUGGCAGUCAAUCCAGAAGCCACAGUCACAGAAAGGGCUUGGAAGAUGAUGCUAUGUCAGUGCACAGCACUCGAAGUUACAGGAGCUCAGGGUAUAAUGAUCUUCACAAAAAGUCUGCUUCUCUCAGGAAAAAACCUGACCUACUGACGGGAUUGUAUUAUGACCAAAGGAAAUACAGCAGUCUAAAGGCCUCCAAACCACUUCCUUCUCUCUCUUCCACUGUCUCUACCCAUCAGCCUCGGGCUUCCAGCUCUAGCUCUACAGGUCUGCUGCGUAGCUACAGCGCGGCCUCAGUAUGUGAUGCUGCUCUCUAUGGGACAUAUGGUUCCAGAGCUACAUCUGAAUACAGCUGGUGCUCUUCUGGUGCUAGUUCCACCCGCAGUAGUCCAGUGUCCUCUUCUGAUGAUGAUUGUGCCAGUAUUACGUCACAGGAUCACCUCAAACGUGAAAGGAGGGAUAGUGUGUCAUCUGAACUUUCUGACAUGAGUGAGAGUGCUGCAGACUAUUUCAGCCGUUCAAAUCGCAGAGGUAGUAUUGUUUCUGACCUAGACGAUCUGAGCAUCCCAGAUCUUGACAUUAUGGACGAAAAAUCUGACAAGCAGUACGAUUCCUUUGGUCGGCCAUCAUCUCGAUGUGCCACUCCAGGUCUCUCUGCUGCCACACUGGCUUCUCUUGGUGGUACUUCAUCCAGAAGAGGCAGCGGGGAAAUGGCCAGUAUCGUCAUCGAGUCUGAUGCAUCUCUCAGUGAACUACGGGACAUCUAUGAGCUAAAGGACCAGAUUCAGGAUGUAGAAGGGCGAUAUAUGCAGGGUCUUAAAGAGCUGAAGGAAUCUCUGGCUGAAGUGGAAGAGAAGUAUAAGAAGGCCAUGGUAUCUAAUGCACAACUUGACAAUGACAAGGCAAACCUCAUCUACCAGGUGGACACACUAAAGGAUGUUAUUGAGGAAAUGGAAGAGCAGAUGUCAGAGCUGACCAGGGAAACAGAAGAAAAAUCAAAGGAAUUAGAGAGGCAAAAGCAUACAUGUUCAGUCCUGCUGCAUAAACAAGAAGAGCUAAAAGAGGGAAUCCGUCAGCGAGAUGAGCUAAUUGAGGCAAACCAGAACAUUCAGGUCAAGUUAGAUACACUUACAAGGGAGGUGUUUGACCUACAAGAAACUGUUAACUGGAAGGACAAAAAGAUUGCGGCCUUAGAAAGACAGAAAGAGUACUUUGAUUGCAUUAGGAAUGAGAGGGAUGAGCUCAGAGAUGAGCUGGCUGACCUCAGAGGGAAAACCAAAACAGUAGAGAAAUAUGGUCUGGUUAUCAUUCCUGAGGGCACGCCCAAUGGGGAUGUCAGUCAUGAAUCCCCCACCUCAAUGAUCACUCUUGUCACCCAAGAAGCUGCCCAGGUGCUGGAGUCAGCUGGAGAGGGACCUCUGGAUAUUCGACUACGAAAGCUUGCUGAAGAAAAAGACGAACUCUUAUCCCAAAUCAGGAAACUAAAAACACAGCUUCAAGAGGAGAGACAGAAGCAUUCUAAGAUGGAAAGUGUUUACUCAGAGGGAGAACGACUAGAAAAUGGCACAGACUUGAACGUAAUUGAAAUGCAGAGAGAUGCCAACCGACAGAUCGGUGAAUAUAAAUUUAAGCUUUCCAAGGCAGAACAAGAAAUGGCUACAAUGGAGCAAAAUGUAAACAGACUUGAAGGGCAAGUGUUAAGAUACAAAGCAGCAGCUGAAACCUAUGAGAAAACUGAAGAUGAACUAAAGGCAGAUAAAAGAAAACUUCAGAGGGAGCUGCGCACCGCACUGGACAAAAUUGAGGAAAUGGAGAUGACCAACAACCACUUGGUGAAGCGACUAGAGAAGAUGAAAGCAAACCGCAACGCUCUCCUCUCUCAGCAGUAAUAAAAAUAGCCUUGGAGACUUUGCAUUCUUAACAGCCCUUAAAUAUCUCAGAAUUUUCUGCCACACACAAUGCUGCUUUUGUCACCUAACACCUCAUACCAAUGAUAAACCAAAAAAGAAACACUUUGUAGCAACAGGAAGUUCUUUACAUUUUUUUCACUAAAGAUAAAAAAGUAUGAUGCACAGAUCAGUUUGCCCUCAAGGGAGUAAGUAUGGCUAAUUUUAUUUUUGUUUUUUUGUUUUGUUCAACCAGAGGGCCUUUUGUGGUAUUAUGUGUUUAUUGAAAGCUUUGUACAUCCUGGCUUUCGCCCGGGUUAUAUUGCUUGGAUUGGGUGCUUAAUUCCUUCUAAUGUCUGCUUUAGCAAUAGGCUGCAUGAAUCAGUGUAAAAGUAUUUUUACAUUACUUUUACACAACUGCACACAUUUGAUAAAUGUUUGCAACAAUGUGCCUUUGUUCAUCUGGGAACUGUGGGUUUGCAUUAUAAAAAAAAAAAAACAGAAAUGGUAUCGGUACAGGAAAAAACAUGUUUAAUAUAGGUAUUCAGCCUGAUGUGAUGGUAUAAACCAAUUCUCUAUUCUGGUUUCAAUGAGGUUUCAAAAAUAUUUAAAAUAAAAAAGUACAUUGGA